GUUAACCUUGUUAGUUCUACAUGCAUGGGCCGAAUUUUCCGCGUUGCAACUACAGGCCGUUUAUGUUUCAUCUCAUAUGUUGGCGUUGCGGCCCUUGGUCACAUUAUUCCAAGUUAUCUGACGCUUUCCGACUGUCAAUGCGUUCACACUUGUACUAAGCGGAAAUUUUCCGGAAGCUGGAAAAUUGAAAAAAGUCCCUCCCUUUCGCAGUGGCUCCCAUCAUGGAAGCGAAUUCUGGCGCGCAUUUUCUAGGCAGCCAAGCAAAACCGGCGCUUUCCCCAGAAAUUUGGGGGCCGGACUUGGGGCCCUUUGGGAUGACUCGCGCCCAGCUGUAUCCGGCGUUUUUUGAGCGCAAAACCAAGAAGGCGAAAAAAGCGCGGCCAAGCAUGGGCGCGGCUUAUGGUGCGCCCCCCGCCCCUAUUUCAGUUCAUUUUGGAGCGCAAAGCCGAAGGCUUCCCGGUGUGCUUAAAAGCUGCACAAAAUCGGGGGCGUGCCGUGGUGUUUCGAGCCGCGAAAGGCGCCAGGGGGCAAAAAGUCGCAUCUUUUUGGCCCCGAGUGGCCGGGUCCGGGGCCGCCCCUCCCCCCCUCCCCGGGGGCCCGGGCCGGCGUUUUCCGAAAAAAUUCAAUCAGCAUGCUAUGGACCCGAUUUUUGCCCUUUUCCGGGGCCCCCCGGAAAGCCCCUCCGGACCCCCUCUGGCCCGGGUCCUUUCCGGCUUUUCCGAAAAAAUUCAAGACGAUGGGUAUCCGUUGAUUUUCCGUCCAAUCACGGUGGGAGUACGAAGAAGGUGCGUGAAUUGAACCCCCAGGCAAUAUCUUUGUCCUCACGCUCCCACAAUAGUUGGGCGAAAUAUGAGGGACUUCGGGUCGUUGUGGGCCUUGUUCAACAGCCGCACGCGGACCCUCCUCGAUUCGCGACAGCUCUGAUAUUGUGGCACGCUGAGCAUCUGUGAGUGAGGAUCUUUGAAGGGACCCGAUUGCGCGUUUGAUUGAGCAGGAGCAGGAACAUUCGCGCAGCGACCCGCCGAGCAGCCGCCUCUUCUCGACGUCGUGCUCGCCACGUCGUCUUCAAAAGGGCAGAACUUUUUUCAAUUUUCCGGCUUCCGGGAAAUUUCCACUUAGUAACUUGCGCAUCUCAUUCACUGAAAAUUUUUCUGGCAGGACGACAACUCAUUCCAAUUUGAAAAUAUGAUGUUUCCGCGGACUAAAAACUCACUCUUAUCGAUUUUCAUUGAUUUGCUGACUGAGUCUUGUAUGUGUUCAAACAAAUGGAAACUCAUGUUUAUUGUUGUGGC